AUGGAAGGUUUAUCAGUAACCUCACCAAGUCUCUUUCUCCAAAUCCACUCUUUCCCGCCAAAUUUUCACUUCCCGGCCACCGCCACCAACUAUGACAACCUCAACACCCCCCACCACCGCGCCUUCAACCUCCACGCUCUGUCACGCCGCCACCGGAAGCCUCCCUCAUUCGAAGAACGCGACGCGUUCCCGGAGUCACUACCGCUCCACACGAAGAACCCACGCGCCGUCUACAAGGACAUCCAAAGAUUCGCCGCACAAAACAAGCUCAACGAGGCUCUCACGAUUCUGGACUACCUUGACCAGCAGGGCAUCCCGGUCAACGCCACCACAUUCUCCCACCUCAUCACCGCCUGUGUCCGCACCAGGUCACUCGACACCGGAAAGAAGAUUCACAAGUACAUUUGGAUCAACGGACUCGAAAGCAGCGAGUUUCUGAGGCAGAAAUUGGUGAACAUGUACACGAGUUUCGGGGCGGUUGAUGAUGCACACCACCUGUUUGAUCAAAUGCCUGGGAAGAAUGUGUACACGUGGAAUGCGUUGCUGAGAGGGACGGUGGUUGCGGGAGGGAAGCGGUACCGGGACGUGCUGGAGACGUAUUCGGAGAUGAGGGAGCUUGGGGUGGAGAUGAAUGUGUAUAGCUUCUCGAAUGUGAUCAAGAGCUUUGCGGGAGCCUCGGCUCUUUCGCAGGGUUUGAAGACGCACGCGCUGUUGGUGAAGAAUGGUUUGAUUGGGAGUGUGAUUGUGAGGACGAGUUUGGUGGAUAUGUAUUUCAAAUGUGGGAAGAUUAAGCUUGCGAGGUUGGUGUUUGAGGAGGUGGGUGAGAGGGAUGUGGUUUUGUGGGGAGCUAUGAUUGCGGGGUUUGCGCAUAAUAGGCUGCGUAAGGAAGCUUUGCAGCAUUUGAGGAUAAUGGUGGAGGAAGGGAUAAUGCCGAAUUCGGUUAUAUUGACGAGUGUGCUUCCGGUGAUUGGGGAGCUUUCAGCACGAAAGCUUGGGCAGGAAGCGCAUGCCUAUGUGGUGAAGACAAAGAGCUAUUUGAGGCAGGCGUUUGUUCAGUCUGCGUUGAUAGAUAUGUAUUGUAAGUGCGGUGACAUGGAGAUGGGAAGACGGGUGUUUUAUAGUUCGGUGGAGAGGAAUGCAAUUUGUUGGACUGCUUUGAUGUCGGGUUACGCUGCAAAUGGGAGGCUGGAGCAGGCAUUGAGGUCGGUCAUUUGGAUGCAGCAGGAAGGGUUUAAGCCGGAUGUGGUCACGGUUGCCACUGCCCUUCCGGUUUGUGCAGAGUUGAAGGAUUUGAAACGAGGGAAGGAGAUUCAUGCUUAUGCUGUGAAGAAUUGCUUCUUGCCCAAUGUAUCUAUUGUUUCUUCUUUAAUGGUGAUGUACUCCAAGUGUGGCGUCUUGGACUACUCUAUAAGAUUAUUUGAUGGAAUGGAGCAGAGAAAUGUUAUUACGUGGACAGCCAUGAUAGAUUCCCUUGUCGAAAAUGGGUGUCUAGAUGGGGCACUUGGUGUCAUAAGGUCAAUGCUUUUGUCAAAGCACAGACCAGAUUCUGUUGCAAUGUCAAGGAUGUUGGCUAUUUGCGGGGGACUAAAGAAUUUGAAGCUUGGGAAGGAAAUCCAUGCACAAGUUUUGAAAAAGAAUUUUGACUCCGUCCCUUUUGUUUCUGCUGAACUUGUGAAAAUGUAUGGGCGCUGUGCAGCAAUUGAUCAUGCAAAGUCAUUUUUCGAUACAAUUCCAGUCAAGGGUUCAAUGACACGGACUGCAAUCAUAGAAGCUUAUGGAUAUGCUGGGAUGUAUCAAGAAGCUAUUAGUCUAUUUGAUCAGAUGAGAUCUAAAGACUUGACUCCAAACAAUUUCACUUUCCAGGUGGUUCUAUCUAUUUGUGACCGAGCUGGAUUUGUUGAUGACGCUUGCCGUAUCUUCCAUUUGAUAUCUCGGAGAUAUAAAAUCAGGGUGACUCAAGAACAAUACUCUCUACUCAUUGGACUUCUUACUCGAUCCGGCCGCGUUGAGGAAGCUCAGAGAUUUAUUCAAAUGAGCUCAUCUUUAGUAUAACAGUAGAUUAUUGAGCUUCCCUUUUUCAGGGAAACCAGUCAGCUACCUAUUUUUGAAGUCCAAAUUGGUAAGGCUGAUGGAAUCCACAAGGUUAAUCUGCAAAAGCUGCCACAGUUCCUGAAGAACAAGUACUGAGGUCCAAAAAUCUACGACAAAACAUGACUUGAAGAUGCAGUAUGAAGGAUCAAUAUACAACAACAAGCACUUUGUUGGCUAAAAAAAACAAAAGGAUACCAUGGAUCCUGAUCGGCCAG